AUGGCCAGGGUAUGGAAAACAUACAUUGAAGAGUGCACACCACUUGAUCUGGAGAUGGUUGAAGGAUGGAGAGAUGCUUUAGAUGUUCUGCUUGUUUUUGCUGGUCUUUUCUCAGCUGUGGUCACUACAUUUGUUGUUCAGACAUCUCAAAGUCUGCAGGUUGACUAUGGUCAGGUGGCAACAACACUGCUGAUUGAGCUUAUCAAUGUCCAGCGCUCAAUGGCAAAUGGAUCAUCUGUAAAUGAUAUCUCUCACUCAGAUCUGACCUUUCAUCCCUCAACAUCUGACUCAUGGGUCAAUGGCUUAUGGUUUACCAGUCUCUCUCUCAGUCUUACUACAGCACUCUUUGCUGUUUUGACCAAACAGUGGAUCCAUGAAUAUCUAUUGCAUCUGUUGUUGGAGCCAUUGCCUUCCUUUCAUUUGCCACAUACUUGA